CAUGCAGAACAGUAUAAAGGAACUCGUAGAAGCAGUAUAUUAUUUUCUUUCUCUCAGACACUCUCAUCUUGAUUCAAAAACAAUCUCAUUUCUACAUCUUUCAUCCUUCAAUCUUGCACACUCACAAAUCCCUCGCCUUUAUCAACAUCAUUUCUCAAUCUUCAAAAACCGACGUCAUAUCACAUCAACCCGCCAAAAUGGUCCUCCCCACUACCACCUGCUGCAAGACCACUCAAGACGGCUCCUGCGUCUGUGCCGCCCAGGCCAAGUGCUCCUGCGGCCAGCAGAGCGCCCUCCACUGCAGCUGCAACAAGGCUUCCUCCGAGAACGCCGUUUCGGGUCCUCGCUGCUCAUGCCGCUCUCGCCCAGCUGGUCAAUGCACCUGUGAGCGCUCCGUCACUGAGAACCAGACUAUCGCUGGUGAGACCUGUGCCUGUGGCAGCCGUCCUCAGGCUUCUUGUACCUGUGAGAAGGCUGCUGCUGUUGAUUCCGCCCUUGAGGUUGACUUCACUGGCAGUGCUUAAGUGACUCGAUUCACUUGUAUCUUUUGCGUUGAUGGGUUUCUCUGUCAUUGAUAAUUGCAUUUUUUCAUCCCCGCCUUGAUGGGGUGGCGGCGUCUUGGGCUUGGGCAUUUUUACUGGUUGAGGUUGCUUAGGGUUAUCAAUAACUACUGAAUGAGAUAUGAAAUUGAGAACUUUAAUAAUA